AUGUCUCUCUCUCCAUGCAGGGCCCAGGGGGGCUUCAGUGCUCGCUCAGCCUGUUCUGCUAGAUCAGGAAGCCAGGCCAGGAGAAGCUUCAGUAGCAGGAGCCUUAGUUCCUUUAGGGGGUGCCAAAGGGCCUCCUGUGGGAGGACCUGGGGGUCAGGAGGAAGGCUGGGGAUGUGGUUUGGAGAGGGGCUGCGUGGGCCUGGGAUUUCCUUAUGUCCUCCAGGGGGCAUCCAAGAGGUGACCAUCAAUCAGAAUCUGCUGACCCCACUGAAGUUCGAGAUUGACUCCCAGUUCCAGACCGUACGGACCCAGGAGACCCAAGAGAUUAGAACCUUGAAUAACCAGUUUGCUUCUUUCAUUGACAAGGUGCGGUUCCUGGAGCAGCAGAACAAGGUGCUGGAGACCAAGUGGCACUUGCUCCAGCAGCAAGGGGUGAGUGACAGCCCCAAGAGCCUGGAAUCUUUCUUUGAGGACUACCUGGCCCAUCUCAGGAAGCAGUUGGAGCUGCUCCAGAGAGAACGAGGAACUCUAGAUGCUGAGCUGAAGACCUACCAGGACCAGGAGGAGGAAUAUAAGGCAAAGUAUGAACAAGAGGCCCACACACGUGCUACAGUCGAGAAUGACUUCAUGGUCCUCAAAAAGGAUGCGGAUGAGGUCUUCCUGAGCAAGAUGGAGUUGGAAGGCAAGCUGGAGACUCUGAGAGAGUACAUAUGCUUCUUGAGACGUCUGUAUGAAGAAGAGCUGAGCCAGCUGCAGACUCAGGUCAGUGACACAUCCGUGGUGCUGUCCAUGGACAACAACCGCUGCCUAGAUUUGAGUGAUAUCAUCGCUGAGGUCCGUGCCCAAUAUGAGGACAUCGCUCAGACCAGCAAGGCUGAGGCUGAAGCAUUGUACCAGACUAAGUACCAAGAGCUCCAGGCAUCUGCCCAGCUUCAUGGGGACAGCAUGAGGGAAACCAAAACCCAGAUCUCCCACCUGCACCAAGUGAUUCAGAGGCUGCAGAGUCAGAUCCAGAACCUCAAGAAACAGAAUGCCAAUCUGCAGUCGGCCAUUGCUGAUGCAGAGCAGCGUGGGGAGCAGGCCCUCAAGGAUGCUCAGGUCAAGUUGGAGGAGCUGGAGGCUGCUCUAAGAAGGACCAAGCAGGAUCUGGCUGGCCUGCUUCGGGACUACCAGGAGCUGAUGAGCACAAAACUGGCCCUGGACGUGGAGAUUGCCACCUAUCGGAGACUGCUGGAGGGCGAGGAGUGCAGGAUGUCUGGGGAGUGUACCAGUCAAGUCAUAAUCUCUGCUGUGGGAGGCAGCACCAAAGUGUCUGGAGGUGGAGAGCUGGUGGGCACUUGUGGACUUGGAGGCUGGAAGGGCAGUUGUGGGACCAGUUGCUCCAGCAUUGUGACUGGAGGCUCCAAUGUCAUCCUGGACUCUGGGAAGGGCUCUGUGUUGGGUUCCUGCUCUGUGUCCGGUUCUGGCCCUGGCUGUGGCUCUAGCUCCAGAUCCAGCUGCCACACCAUCCUGAAGAAGACGGUGGAGUCAACUUUGAAGACGUCCAUCACAUAUUGA